CGGUUGCUAGGAUACCAGUUCACCGCAGCCGUCGGCGAGUUUGGAUUCCUAACGUUAGAUAUACAAAGUCAAGUUAUUGACAGCGUUAUAACACAAAUGUCGGACACGGAGGAAAAUGCCGAAGACCAACAGCCGAAGGGCGUGUUCUCCAAUUUGCUGGCGGAGGGGGAUUGGCUUUACAGCAAGGGGGAGUACAAGAAGGCCAUCAGCAGCUACACGUCGGCACUGGCUAUAAAGCCUGACGACAAGACUUGCUUUGUUGGCCGAUCCAAAUGUUACCUGAUGGUCGGACAAUCUCAAAGCGCUUUAAACGAUGCAGAGGCUUCGCUCACAGAGGACAAGUCCUUUUUCAAGGGAUUGUACCAGAAGGCCGAGGCCUUGUUCUACAUGGGGGAAUUUGAAUUUGCGCUGGUGUUUUACCACAGAGGAAGAAAGUUACGUCCACAAAUGCAAGAGUUCAGACUUGGUAUCCAGAAGGCACAAGAGGCUAUAGAAAACUCUGUUGGCAUUCCUGUCUGGGAUCUUAUAGGUCCUUCAGUAAAACUGAAGAUUGAGGGAGACUUGUCAUUUCUCCAAAAAGAUGAGGAGAACACACAGCCGAUUGCUGCCAUUCAGAAUCUGACAAAGCAGAAAAAACAGCAGACCCAAAAGAUCCCUAGGAGUGAGAAGACAACCAAGCGGCUGUUGGGAGAGUUUUACACGGACAAGAAAUAUCUAGAAACCCUGCUUAAAGAUGAAGCUUUGGUUAAAGGAAAGACAAAAGGAGGAGAGCAACUGCAGGACGUCAUUCAGGGGUACCUCUCAUACAUCGACACUUGCACCGAGUUCCGCACCCAGGAGAAAGCCCCCGGUGCACAGCAGAAGGAGAGCAAGUCAAGCCAGGACAGCAAGCCCCGACAGGAUGCACCCUCAGAACCUGCUCCGCUUCUGCUGGAGGGCCUGGAUGGUAUUGACGCAGAGUUGACGUCUGGAAACACAGAAGGGGGUCUCAAGAAAGCACAGGAACUCAUGAAGACUGUGCAGGGCUGGUCAGAGAAGGAGGUGCCCGAUAAGAGAGAGAUUUUGGGCAGCCUGCACAGUUGUAUUGGGAAUGCCUUGAUGGACCUGGGAGACAUGGACAAAGCCAUAGAGCAUCAUCAAAAAGACCUGGAGUUGGCGGAAGAGUGCAAACUCCCAGAUGCAAUGGCCAGGGCUCUGGAGAACAUCGGGCGGGUUUAUGCUCAAUUUGGAAGGUUCACACAGGCGAUCGAGUUCUGGGAGAAGGUGAUUCCUUUGGCCCGCGGUGGUCUGGAGGAGACCUGGUUGUUUCAUGAGAUUGGCUGGUGUCACCUCAAGCUCGAUCGUCACAAAGACGCCAGGGACUAUGGCGUGCGUUCAGUUGCUGCGGCCAAUGAAAUUGCUGAUGAAAAGUGGCAGAUGAAUGCCAAUGUUUUGGUAGCACAAUCGGAACUGAAACUAGGAAACUUUGAAUCCAGCGUGUCCCACUUUGAGAGAGCCUUGGCCCAGGCCAAACUGCAAGAGGACGACUCUGCUAUGAACGCCAUUCAGAAGGUUCCCACACUGGUCAUGUGUUCCCCUUCACAAAGGUUUCAGUUCCUGUUAAAAAUACAUUUUUAUUGCUGACAUUCAUCUUUUUGAUUUCAGGCCCUUGAUGAGGCAAAGACACAUCUACCACAAUGAGGAUGUCAUCAGGCAAGAUUUAUGGUGCUUCAAAGUGUUAAGUGGGAGAAAAGACCUUUGGACAACAGUCCUCAAAAUGAAAGACGGAAAAAAAAGGGAUCAAUAAAUGUAUUUUCACACACUGGUGUGAGUGUCUGCAUACAGGCCUCCUUGAUCCCAACUGAUACUAACUUUUCAAAAGUCAAAUUAUAAACAGCUCAUUAUGAAUCACACAUAAAGAUCAGGCGCAAGAUUUCAUCCCAAAACAAAUUGGAAUGUAAUAGUACAUUGUUCUACUUCUACCCUAUGCGCUGUUAUACAACUGAAACAUCUAAUAAAUAGAAAAUGCUUCACUUGAUAUACAAAAUAGAGAGGGAUUGAACCAUGCUGCACACUGUAGCUGCCAACCAGGAAGUCCCUUCAGCUUUUGAUAACAUAAAUACAGAGUUGUUCUUGCUUCGGGGAACUUCCCGUUUUUGCAUAUGCCAUCGGGCUCACAUUCAUUCACAGGUCUUUUACAUACUAAAGAUAGCGCCCUGCAGCGUUUAAACUAAUGUCAGUGUAUGGUUUGUGUGAGGAACAAACAGACAGUGGAUGUACAAAUAAUGCACAUUGCUUUUUCACCAGAAUGUCUAGCUGGAGGGAGUGUGGUUCUUAUCAAGCCAGCUGUCUGGGGACCGAGCGUUGAGUUACUGCUCUGAGUGGGACACGGUGGACCAUAAACAGUUGGAUGAUGGAGUGACCUGGGGGGCCCACUGUGUGGUGUUACUCAACGUGAGGGGAGGGACUAAAAUUCCAGCAGUCCGCAUAUGGAUGGGACCUUCCUUUGUUGGAAAUUCUAAUUAGGAACAGCAGUUUUUCACUUAACUAAACAGAAGUAUUUGUUAACAUUGAGGAAACAUUCACUGAUGCAUUGUUCAUUGUUCACUGAUACAUAUUCAAACCACUGGUGUCUCACUCUUUGUCUGUAAGGCCUCAUUUACAGAAUCAAAAAUCUGAAUUGUUUUUUAGCACAAAUGUCCACACAUAUAUAUAAACCCAAUGGGUGUAUACAUAGCUUAAGGAAAAUAAAAAAUACCAUAAAACUUUAUUAAUACAUUACAUAAAGGUGAAGG